ACUUCUAAAGCCACCGGGGGUGGGUCUAACUCGGAUCAGUUGGAUUCCAUGCUGGGCUCUCUGCAGAACGAUCUGAGUAAGCACGGCAUUAGCACCAUACCUAAGGGUGAAUGUGGUGCAUGCCACAAGCCAAUCAUUGGACAGGUGGUAAUCGCCCUUGGAAAGAUGUGGCACCCGGAACAUUUUGUUUGUGCUCACUGCGGCGAAGAAAUCGGUCAUGACAACUUCUUCGAACGGUCAGGUCGUGGCUAUUGUGAGAAUGAUUAUCACAACUUGUUCUCUCCUCGCUGCGCGUACUGCAACGGACCCAUAAAGGACAAAUGCAUCACAGCUCUUGAUACGACUUGGCAUCCUGAGCACUUCUUCUGUGCGCAGUGCGGCAAGCAGUUCGGUGAAGAGGGCUUUCACGAAAAGGACGGCAAAGCCUACUGUCGAAAGGACUAUUUCGCUAUGUUCGCCCCUCGGUGCCACGGCUGUGAACGACCAAUCACUGACAGCUACAUAACCGCUUUAAGCUCACAGUGGCAUCCAGAAUGUUUCGUGUGCCAAGUGUGUAAGCAGAGGUUUGCUGGUGGUUCUUUCUUCGAGCAUGAAGGCCAACCGUAUUGUGAAACUCACUAUCAUGAUUUGCGCGGUUCUCUGUGUGCCGGAUGUCGUAAGCCGAUUAGCGGACGAUGCGUCACUGCUAUGGGCAAAAAGUUCCAUCCCGAACAUUUCAUAUGCUCUUUUUGUUUGCAGCAGUUGAACAAAGGCAUAUUCAAGGAACACGAGAACAAGCCAUACUGCCAUAAAUGUUUUCACAAGUUGCUCAGUUGA